UUGAGGGAUUUAAUCAUGGUCGCUCUCAGGCUUCUCCUGGUAGCACGCGUGGUUGCAAUUUUAACCUUAAAAUAUUAUACCACAAAUAUUAAACUAAUAAUUUGCACGUGAAGCGUAAUACGAAAUACAUAUUCGAAAUCAGCAUGUCAGUAUGUUUUCAUCAGUAACAAUGCUUCAACGGGCCCUGCUCGAUAAAACAAUAUACAGUUUGUCCCGCUUGUUAUCCUUAAGCCGGGUUAAUAAAUUUUCUGAUUCCGUUUCUGCGAAAAAAGAUGAUAGCUCGUCUAAUACGGACAAAUCGCAAAAUAAAUCUACGAGCGACAUCGAGAUUCCCACGGGUGAGGAGAAUGUUGCUUGUCUUUUGAAAGAAGCUGCCACUUAUAGUGAUGCUAAAGACACAAGUUGGGCGACGAGUCCUUAUCCCGCCGAUGCUCCAACCUCUAUUGAGGAAGAAAAAGUCGUACAACCAAAAAUUGAUCCUUUGGAUACUUCCAUUGUGCUUUUUCCUGGACAAGGAACUAUCAAAGUUGGCACAGUACAGAAGUACUUGCGUUUUCCGCAAGCAAGAGAGCUGUUUGAAAUAGCCAAUGAGAUUCUGGACUUUGAUCUACUGAAGCUAUGUCUGAAUGGUCCCCAGGAGAAGUUGAAUCAGACACGCUUCAAUCAGCCAGCCACAGUAUUAACUUCUUUGGCUGCAUUAGAGCAACUCCGCGAGGAGAGACCUAGAGUGUUUGAAACUUGUGUAGCAACUGCAGGUUACAGCUUAGGAGAACUGACUGCUCUGAUUUUCUCAGGUGCUUUAAGCUUCGAGGAUGGUAUCAGACUGGUCUCUGUCAGGGGUAAUGCUAUGCAAUAUGCCUCUGAGAAAACAUCACAGGGAAUGCUAUCGGUCUAUUGUAAAGCAGAUGCUAAAUUAUCAGAGGCAUGCAAAAAUGCUCAAAAGUGGGCAUUAGAUAACGGUGUAGAGACACCAGUUUGCCAAGUGGCAAUAUAUUUGUAUACACAAUCAAAGAUAUUGGCUGGAAAUAUUAAAGCCCUGGAAUAUAUAGAAAAGAAUGCUGACAAAUAUAAACUUAGUAAGUUAACCAGGCUGCCUGUAUCGGGUGCAUUUCACACAAAACUGAUGGAACCUGCGCUCAAGUCCUUCGGCAAGAUGCUCUACACAGUGCAAUUUGAUAAUCCUAGGUGUCAAGUUUAUUCAAAUUACAAAGCACAUCCUUAUAGCAAUCCAAAGAUGAUUAAGAAUUAUUUGUUGAAACAAAUUGUAUCACCUGUAAAAUGGGAACAGUGUAUGCAAUUACUGUAUAACAGACCUCCGGGAACAGCUUUCCCACGAACGUUUGAUGUAGGAUCGGGAGGAAGAAUGGCAACGAUUUUAAAGCUAAUUAACGCAAAGGCGCACGAUCACUGCAUAUCCGUCUAAGUUCUUUUCUGAUUAUAAUAUAAGAAAAACCAUCAGUACGCAUUAUUAUUUUGUAUAUACUUCGCGAACUUUAUUCUAGUAUCAUUUCAAUUGCUUUUUACAUGUAAGAAAUAAAAGAGAAAUUAGAAUUUUAUAUGUAUAUAUAUAUAUAUAUAUAUAUAUAUAUAUAUAAAUUUUACAUUGUUUAAAUAU